CGGAGCUGCAUUCGCACCGGGAACACUUCACCACCAAAUCUCCACCGUUCCUCAUCUUUAUCUUCAUCUUCAUCUUCAUCUUCAUCAUGGCCCCUAAAAAGAAGGAAGAGCCGAAACCCGUCGCUGCACCGAAACCACCGGAGCCUGAACCCCCCAAGGAGCCCGAGUUUAACCCGGCCGAGGUGCAGAUUGAGUUCACUCCAGAGCAGAUUGAGGAUUUCAAAGACGCUUUCCAGCUUUUUGACCGAACGCCAACCAAUGAGAUGAAGAUCACCUUCGGUCAGUGUGGAGACGUCAUCAGAGCCCUGGGCCAAAACCCCACCAACGCUGAGGUCAUGCAUGUGCUCGGGAAGCCCAAAGCUGAAGACAUGCAAGUGAAGAUGCUGGACUUUGACCAGUUCCUCCCCAUGCACCAGCACAUCUGCAAGGCCAAAGGUCGAGGCACGUUUGAGGACUUUGUGGAGGGUCUGAGAGUCUUUGAUAAGGAAGGAAACGGCACAGUGAUGGGUGCUGAGCUCCGACACGUCCUCGCUACACUGGGAGAGAAGAUGAAGGAGGCUGAGGUGGAGCAGCUGAUGGCCGGUCAGGAGGAUGCUAAUGGCUGCAUCAAUUAUGAGGCGUUUAUAAAGUACAUCAUGGCUGGCUGAGCAGAUUCGGGGAUGAGGAUGCACAUUUCUCUUCUUUACCUUUUUCCCUUUCUUUCUUUCUUUCUUUCUUUUUUUUAUAAAUCUCUUCAUACCAUCUCUGCUCAUCCCAUCUUCCUCUUCUUCCUUUUCCUGUCUUCCUGUACGUCACAUCAAUGUUCGUUCUGUGGAUCGAAGAAAAAAAGAAUAAAUUAAACUUUAUGCUCAA